AUGUACCCCACACGGUGGCGACGGCUACCUCCUCCUCCGCCGUCUCAGGCUCAGCGGUCGCAACACACUUGGACCCACAUACUAUCUCCUCUCACCAUUUGGAUUUGUGGCAUACUCCGUUAUGGGUAUUACGGGGAUUCUCGUAUCCUUCUUGGGCCUGCUUCGUCGCGUUUGUUGAAGGCCAACUCUGUUUUUGUGAAGCGGAUUCAUGUAUCAAAUGAGGACAGUAAUAAUCAAGUUAUUCUUCAUGCCUUCAAAAAGAAGCCCCAGUUAAGCUCCGAAACUAAUUGGACAACGUUGAAUUUCUUCAAUAUUGCAGCGUAUAGAAAAAAGGGGAUUUCUUUGUGGUUAAAUAAGGGCUCCACCAUCCACAUUAGGUGGGAAUCACAAACUAAUAGUAGUUUGAAUCAGCUACAUGGGAUGGUGAUCCAAGGAGAAAAUAAAUUUGAACGACUACAGCCUAAGCCAACGAGCUUCCCCAAUGAAACUAAUGGUAAAGAAGCUGAAUACAUAGUCGAAGAAGAUGAUAGAUACCACAUAGGGGUUCUAAACUUGAAUGCCAGGAACAUAAUCUUGACUAUGAAUGUUAAUGUUUCGGCGAAGGUAUAUGAUACCACCACAGCUGAGAAAAUGUGCUCUAGUGAAAAUGGAUCUUGCAGCCUCAGUUUUCCCUUCCCUAACACUCAAUAUGUUACUCUUACGGCAACUAACAAUGGACCGUAUGCUGAAAUUUUUUUCGUGGUUCGUGUGUUGGCUUACAUAUUACUUUUAGGAUUUAUUAUGAUUGUUGUUUAUCUGAUUAUGAAAUUCCUUGGAGUCUAUGAUGGUAGUGAUCAGAAUAAUUAUGUGAUAGUGGAUACAAACAGAACAAGUAAUCUUGUUGCAACACAAACCGAAACUGAGCCGUUGAUGCGAGUGGAGUCAACUCGAUUGACAUAUGGAACAAAUGCAGAAGAUGAUGAAGAUUCAGGAGCAUCCAGUAGCUCUUCAGAGGAGUUAUAUGAUGAAAAAUUAUGUGUCAUUUGUUAUGAUGAACAACGCAACAGCUUCUUUGUUCCUUGUGGACAUUGUGCUACUUGCUAUGACUGUGCACAGAGGUACACAUGCCCAAGAUUUUCAUAUGCUUUACCUACGUGCAUGAUUGUCAAUGAGGAGAACAAACUGUGUCCUAUAUGUCGAAAGCUUAUUCACAAAGUACGAAGAUUAUUUCAUAAUUAG